AUGAGCCUACUAGGCCUUGCUUUAGAAGUGGUAGGGAUUAUAAAUCUCCUUCAGACCGUAUUGAGUGACAACCAUACGGCUAUGCUCGAGUUUCUUCAUGAUGCGAAACGCUUUAUUCUUAAGACCUGCAAGCUAAUUGAUGAAACGCCCCUACAACUUUAUUGCUCAGGGCUUAUUUUUGCACCCCGAAAGUCGAUAAUUUGGCUAUAUUUUAAAAGCGAGCUUCCUACUUGGAUACAUCAGUUACCACAAGUUGAGGAAAGCUGGAACGCAGAAUUACAGACUCUCGAAGGUCAUAUGGACUCGGUAUUGUCGGUGGCAUUCUCGCCUAACGGCCGGCUGCUGGCGUCCGGCUCUAGUGAUUACACAAUCCGGCUCUGGGAUACGGCGACAGGCGUCCUUCAACAGACUCUCGAGGGCCAUUCAGGUGCAGUUCAGUCUGUAACCUUCUCACCCGAUGGCCGGCUUCUAAUAUCCGGCUCUGAAGAUUGCACAGUCCGGCUUUGGGACACUAUAACAGGUGCCCUACAACAGACUCUCAAGGGCUAUUCAGGCACAGUUUAUUCGGUAGUGUCAUCACCUGAUGGCAGGCUACUAGCAUCCAGCUCCUAUGACCAGACAAUCCAGCUCUGGGAUAUUGUUUCGGGUGCCCUCUAUCAGACUCUCGAGGGCCAUUUAGAUUUAGUCAGAUCCAUUGCCUUCUCGCCCGAUGGCCAGCUACUAGCCUCUGGCUCCCAUGACCAGACAAUCCGGCUCUGGGAAACGGUAACGGGUACCCUUUAUCAAACUCUUAAGGGCCACUCGUAUUCGAUUAGGUCGGUAGCCUUCUCACCUGACGGCCGGCUGCUAGCAUCUGGCUCCCAUGAUAAAACAAUCCUGCUAUGGGAUAUAACGACAGGUGGCCUACAGAAAGCUCUCAAGCAUUCAAGUGCGAUUUAUUCGGUGGCGUUCUCGCCUGACAGCCGGCUGCUAGUGUCUAGCUCUAAAGAUCAGACGGUCCAGUUCUGGGACAUAGCGAAAGGCACUAUAGAGCGCUCUUUAAAGGGACACUCAGGAAUUGUCUAUUCAGUAGCUUUCUCGCCCGACGGACGGCUGCUAGCAUCUAGCUCUCAUGACCAGACAGUCCGGCUCUGGGACACAGUGGCGACCGUCAUACAACAGACAUCCCCGGGUCAUCCAAGCGCGGUUCAGUCGAUCGCAUUCUCACCUGACGGCCGACAGGCGGUUUCUGGAUCUUAUGAUCAGACAAUCCGGCGCUGGGAUGUGGCUACGGGUGCCCUACAACGGACUUGGAGGGGAUAUUUAGAAUUUUUCUUCUCGGUGGCCUCCUCACCCGAGAAACGCCUACUAAUAUCUGGAUCUAAUAACCAGAAGAUUCAGUGCUGGGAUCCCGUGACGGGCGACGAUAACCAGAUUCUUGAGGGCCAUUUGGACCUGGUCCAGUUGGUGGCAUUAUCGCCUGACAGCCGGCCUCUAGCUUCUAGCUCUGAACAUAGUAUAGUCCGGCUAUGGGAUAUGGCGAGGGGUGCCCUACAACAUAAUGCUGAAAGUUAUUCACAUUCAGUUCGGUCAGUGGCCUUCUCGCCUGAUAACCGUCUGCUUGCAUCCGGCUCCAUUGACAAGAUAAUUCGCAUCUGGGAUAUAGCCACCGGCUUGCUAAAUCAGACCCUCGAGGGCCAUUCAGGUCCUGUUCAGUCGGUAGCAUUCUCGCUAGAUGGCCGAUGUUUAAUUUCUGGGUCUAGUGACCGCACAGUCCGGCUUUGGGACCUAGCAACCGGGAUGUUACAACAGACUCUUAGAGGUCAUUCGGAUAUUAUUUAUUCAGUAGCAUUAUCGCCGAAUGGCUGGCUGCUAGCGUCCGGCUCUGAUGAUCACACAAUCCGGCUUUGGGAUAUAACAACAGGUGUCCUACAACAGACUCUCAAGGGCGAUUCAGGUGCGGUUCAGUCAGUAGCCUUCUCGCCCGAUGGCCGGCUACUGGCGUCUGGCUCCUAUGAUCAGAAUAUCCGGCUUUGGGACACUACAACAGGAGCCCUAGAAAAGACUCUCGAGGGUCAUUUAUAUUCAGUUCGAUCAGUUACUUUCUCACCUGACGGCCGGCUACUAGCAUCCGGCUCUAAUGAUUCUACAGUCCGGCUUUGGAAUGUGGCGACAUACAUGCCACAGCAGGUCCUAGAGGCCCGUCUAGGCUCAGUCUGGUCGGUAAACUUCUCACCUGACAGUAGGCUGUUGGCGGCCGGAUCCCACGACAACACAAUUCAACUCUGGGACACAGCAACGGGUGCCCUCCACCAGACUCUCGAGGGCCAUUCAAGCGCAGUUCAAUCGGUUUUUUUCUCUUUUGACGGCCGGUUACUGGCCUCCGGCUCUUUCGACGAUACAAUAAGGCUUUGGAACGCUCAAACGGGCGCCCUGCAAGACACUUGGACUAUCAAGGGACGAAUCACUUCCCUCAAAUAUUCUCAACGGGAUUCCUAUUUGAACCCUAAAUUGCGCUCCCCAAAUAUUCAAUGCGGGCGAGAUGAUAAAAGUUCUAAUCCAGCUAACAUGAAUCUGGAGAUCUCCAUAGAACGAAGGCAGUGGAUAACAUUGAACGGUGAAAAAGUACUGUGGCUUCCUGCUGAGUACCGGCCUAGCUCUUCGGCAGUCAAAGGCAGUAAAUUAGCCAUGGGACACGCAUCAGGGCGGGUGUCUUUCAUGGAUUUUGCGAAUAGCUGGCAUUAA